AUGUCUACCAACACUAGCAACACCAACCAUAUCGACAGUGAGGACAGUGACAACAGUGAUAGCAACAUUACCACUCCAGACCAGCCUCGCGCUCAGACAGUGAAUCUCCAGCAUGCAUAUGAUCUCUCAAGCCGCCUCUCCCAGAGAGAAAUCGAUGCCAUUUAUGCUGCCGAAUACGGAGAGGCUACAGAGGAAGAUUCCCAUGACUGGGUCCUGCUGUUCUUCGGUUUCCAACAAGACAUGCUGAAAAUCCAAGACGAACUACGCGAGACCACACUCGCAGGAGCGCAUCCCGCCUCUGUUGCCCCGCAUAUUUUCGGACAGCUUCAUACAGUCAUGCAGGAGCGUGUUGCGGCGGUCGCACGUGGCGAGCCUAUCACCGUAGAGGGCCAUACCCCAAGAACUCCAGGGCCCAUGAUGACGCGGUGGGCGCAGGACAUCGUGGCUAGUGAAACUUCUUUUUAUCAUCGUAUUGAGAUUGCGCUUGCUGCAAAUGAGACACUGCCGGGUAUGGAUACAUCUCCCGCUACUUCGUCCACGGAUGCCAUGGAGUCACGGGAAGAAGGGGAUGCUGGGUCAGAUACUGCUAUGCAAGAUUCUUGCGAAUAA